AUUAGGUUAUCUUCAUCCAAAACUGACUAAAUAUAUAGGCAAGGCAGGUUUAUUAAUAUAGCACAUUUCGUACGCAAUGGUUAUUCAAAGUGCUUUCCAUAUAAUGAUUUAAAAGAAUCAUAUAAAAAGAAUCAGAACAAUAAAUACAAGGAAUUUAAAAAUGAUUAAAAAUUGAUGUAGAGUGAAUUAAAACAAUUAAGGACAAAAUGAUUAUACAUGAAAUAGAGUGCAGUCACUGUGUGUACAGAGUAUAUAAUACAUAGCGAAAAUGUGUUCAUUUUGGAUCUCAGCUAACGUAUUCAGUUAUAUCUACACUGACAUAAUAACCAUACGUUAGUUAUUAACACUCACUGUGAGCUUUAUUAGUAGCUUAUACCUGCAGUUUAAAAUCUUCUCUCAAUCUGAUCAAUGAUGAGUCUCUAGCACAGGUCUGUACUUUCAUACUCUCAUGUGUUAUGUAAUGUUUCUGUGUAGUGCUCAGAUAUACAGAUAUGUAACAUAAUAACAAAAUCUAUACGCUGUGGGCCAGAUGGAAGAACAGAGCUGAAAACGAUACACUUCGAAAGUAACCUGUGCUGGACAAACGGCAGUGAUCAGACACCACAAGCAGUGCUUGAUAGAAGAUAAUAAACUGCUGGUAUAAGCUCACCGUGAAUGAAAAGACAGUCAAGCAUGCACCACGUGAGUGCAUCAACGCAACACCAUACAUGAAUGAACACGUACAAAACAAUGUAGUCCGUAUACGGCCCGCAAAGGCAUUUGUGUCUGAUGGCACUAAAUAAACGAGUGAAUGUUGCGUUAGUGAGUGUUUAGCUGAGUGUAUGUGCGUGUAGUUCCGCUUUAAGAGCCGCAGCUGCUGUUGUAUUUCCUGCUUGUUUUGAAUCAUGAGUUCCGGACUCAAUAUGGCGGGACUGGGGAGCUUUGACGUGCAGAAAUAUCGCAGCAUUUCCCGCUGGAUCUUUGCUGUGUUCCUGCUGCAUGUGUGUCGUGUGAACGCGCACGCUGACGGCGAUCGUGUCGUGGUCGUGGCCGAUGGCAACUGGACGCAGAUUCUGGAGGGAGAGUGGUUGAUUCAGUUUUAUGCUCCAUGGUGCCCGGCGUGUCAGCAUCUACAGACAGACUGGGAGAAUCUUGGCAGAGAAAGUGAAAGUUUGGGUAUAACAGUGGGCCGAGUCGACGUUACUCAGCAACCAGGUUUGAGUGGGAGGUUUCUGGUUACCACAUUGCCCACUAUCUUUCAUGCGAAAGAUGGAAAUUUCCGGAGGUAUGUUUCGUCACGGACCAUCGAGGAUCUUCAGGCAUAUGUUGUGGACAGAAAGUGGGCGUCAGUUGAACCUGUGCCAGGAUGGAGGUCACCGUCUUCUCUGCUAAUGUCAGGAACGGCUCGUCUGUUCCGCCUGUCAGUCUGGAUCAGACAAAUCCACACGUAUCUGACCAACACUUUGGGGAUUCCCUCGUGGGGUUCAUACGUGAUAUUUGCCAUCAUCACACUCUUUAUGGGUCUGAUUCUGGGUCUGAUACUGGUACUGAUCGCUGACUGCAUUUGGCCAUCCAGACCAAAGCACAAAGAAGACAAAACCGUUGUGGUUGUGAGGGAGGAGGCGUCAGAGGAGGAAGCGGAGGAGAAGCGCACAUCUGAUAAUGAAAGUGAGAGAGUGUCUGGUGAAGAAUCCACUGAAGAUGAGGCUCUUUCAUCAGACACAGCACACAGUGGCAGCGGCCGCUCUCCACCAGAGGGGGCAGCAGAGAGCUCGGUGAGAAAACGCAAACCGCAGGGUUCACACCCUUCAGAGGAGACAUAAUGACCGCUCUUUACACCAAAAACAAAGAAGAGAUGUCCAUAUCUACAGGAUAAGCAAGGCGAUGCCAGCUUUUCCUGCAGAACACGGUUUGUCCAUUUGAUGCUUUCACUGCGAUCCAGUUAGUUUUACUGUGUGUUGCUUACAUUUAUUGCCAGAGGUCUGGUGCCAAACCUUCAUGUGAUGAUUUUAUAUUUUGUAUAAACGCGGAAUAUGUCGUUCUGCAAAUGAACGUCGUCUUGAGGUGCCAUCCCGAAAAGGUAAAAAAUGUCUCUGACGUACCUUCUCUGGAUGGGUUCCACAUCUGUGUAAUGAUCUGCCCGCUGCUACAAGAUCAGCAGGUUCUAUGGCCAUCUUUAAGAUUCGUCUGAAAACACAUCUCUUCCGUCAGCACCUGACCCAUCAGUUCUGACUUCAUCUCUUUUCUGCUCUUUCAUCCAUAAAACCCCUUCGCUCUGUAUACUGUAAUGGGCUAUAUGAGACCAGGUUUACUGCACUUGUGCUUUUUGUUGUCCUCAUGUUGUUCCAUUGUUUCCCUCAUCUGUAAGUCGCUUUGGAUAAAAGCGUAAAUGUAAUCGGGAUGAAUUUGCGCAUCUUUUGAAAGCAUGUUUACAGUGUGAAUCUCACGAAACAUCCGGCUCACAUCAUUUACAGUUUGUUUUGUGCUGCCUUUAAUUUAUACAAAUGUUUUAAUAUAAAGAAUACUGUAUUACAGUAGUUUAGUAGUUUUUAUACUAUAACAGAAGAAAACGCAUUACCCAGAACCAGUAAAACUCAAAAUGGAGGUGCCUAAUUUUCAUAAUACUGCCAAAAGAAUUGUCUUAACACAAAAUUCAACUUGCUUGAUUUCUCUGUAGAUGUUAGGGUUCUUGGCAUGUUUUGUGAGAUUCGUCCGACGUUCCUUCCACGUUGUUCUGUAUUUGGUGUCAAUGAUUGUUUUUACUGUAUGUUUGACAUUCCUGUCGUACGACUCAAUUCCUGCGUUUGUAAUCCAGCGUUCAGAGAACGUUCUUACCGUAUCUGCUGUCACGAUGCAUAAUGAAUAUUAAACUGUAUGUACAGUGUAUUACAGAACAAGUGUUUUACAUGUGAGCUCUCAGGACAAGCGUUUCUCAACAGUUUCAUCAAUUAUUCCUGUGAAUGCAAAUUGAUUUUAUAAUUUGCACAACACAACUUUGAUGGCGUCUUCAGUAUUGAAGUGAAUGCACUCUUCUGCCUUUCAUUUUUGAUACUACUGACAGACUGUUGAAACUGUGUGUAGCAGAUAAAUGUUUGCCUGAUGAACAUUGUGUAGAUAUGAAGCGGCACAGAAACACACCAGCACAAUCCUUCUCAGUUUCUGUGUUUGUUCUCAUCUACAUUCUGAAUCUGUACCAAAACACCUAUUGCCAAUAAUCUCAGUGUAUUGUAUGACGGGGAAUUUUAGAUUGCAAAUUGUCUAAGUUUUAUUGCUGGUUGUUUGUUGUUCAUUAAACAGUUUUACUUGAAA